AUGAAAGCCUCCAUUGAUGUGGGGCAGGAGACAGACAGAAAUUCAACGCAAUGCAAUUCGCUAAAAGUUUUGAUUGAGGAGGAAGUUACAUAUUUAAUUGAAGCAGUCACAGAGGAGGAGAAAAAGAAAGCCAACAUGAUGGAACAGAAUCCCAGAUUGGGUUUAGAGGGUCGGGUUUGCAGUUUCUGGCCGAGGUUUACUUCAUCAAGAUGUCCAAAACGUGAAAAAUCUAAGUAG